UUUUUCGCGGCUCAGUUCUCUAUUCUCUUAGCGUUCCUCGACAGAUUGGAUUUUUAAUUACAGAAGAAAUAUUGUGAUUUUCAAGCCUGUAGGAUAAAAAUAACAUGAAGAAAAACAAACCAAUAUUGUACGAUCCUCAAAUAAUAAAUCGUGUCAAACAGUACUUGGAGGAAAAUGUCGAUAAAACCUAUUUGGAUGUGACUAUUAUGACAAAACAUUUGCAAGAGCGUUAUCCAGAAUAUGCUCGUCGCAAAAUGGCACCAUUCCGGGCAUUGGUCGAACAAGCAUACCAUGUGGUAUCACAAAGCUAUGGACUUGAUGAUCAAGUGUCCAGUGGAGAUGAAUCUGAUGCUUCGGAUUUGGAAGUAAUGGAUGACUCUUCCAACAAUUUAAUGAGCUCCAUGAUGAGCGAUUUGUAUAGCAAACCUAAACCACCAUCAUCUUCUGCUGCCGCUGUACCUUCAGCAAAUAAAAGUUCUGCCGAAGCAAUCGACAUUAGUAGCGACGAAAGCGGUGAUGAAUCUACUCCAUCAAAAUCAAAUGGAAAAAAUUUGCCCAAAGCUGUAAGUAGUCUACCCAUAUCGAAGAAUUCUGCCAUUACUGUUACCAAAAUCCAAGUUCCCACAUCAUCUGUGCAAGAUCCUUCAUCGAAGGGUUCAUCUUCAACAGCUUCUAAUGCAACGGACUCUAAUUCAUUACCUCCCCUUCCACAACUUCCUGGCCUGAAACGGCAUGAGAGUGCUAGUGGAUCGAAUCCAGCUACGGUAGGACAACCAUCAAAAAAACAGAAAAGCGACAAUGCGAACAAUGCCUAUAUAAUGCAGCAGCUGCAACGUCAUACCCAACAGUUGCGCCAGCAACAGUCCUCCUCAAAUCGUGGCAAUAGCAAUGAUUCGGAUCGCCCCUUCAAUGCUAACAGUGGCGGUGGUGGGGGCGGCAGUAGUGGUGGAGGUUCGCGUUCACGUAAAUAUAAAAAGGAAGUCCAAUUGCGUAAAUCUAGGGAAACUUUCCAAGAUAUUGGAGGCAUGGAGAAAACACUUAAGGAGCUUUGCGAACUACUUAUGCACAUUAAAUCGCCCGAUAUAUAUUUUGUAUUGGGAUUGAUGCCACCCAGGGGCAUAUUAUUGCAUGGGCCACCUGGAUGUGGUAAAACUUUAUUGGCUCACGCCAUAGCUGGGCAACUUAAUUUGGCACUGAUUGAAAUUCCUGCCACCGAACUAAUUGCUGGCGUUUCUGGGGAAUCCGAAGAACGUAUACGUGAUGUUUUUGAUCAAGCGGCAGCAUGUGCUCCUUGUGUUUUGUUCAUUGAUGAAAUUGAUGCAAUCUCUUCUAAUCGUUCUAUGGCUCAACGAGACAUGGAAAGACGCAUUGUUUCGCAAUUAAUUAGUAGUUUGGACAACUUGAAAUUAUCUGAAGGUGGUCAGUCGGUUUUGGUUAUUGGUGCAACUACUCGGCCGGAUGUCUUAGAUCCCGCUCUCAGACGAGUUGGUCGUUUUGAUCAUGAAAUUUCAAUUGGUAUACCGACACGUAAAGAUCGUAAAGAUAUAUUGACCAUAAUAUGCGAAGGUUUAUCGGUGGAACAAAAGUGUGACUUCGACAAAAUAGCAGAACUGACACCUGGCUAUGUUGGCGCCGACUUAUUGGCUCUCGUUUCAAGAGCAGCAACAAUUGCCGUUAAAAGGAAAUGUUCUGAGCAGAUGCGUGCCUUCCAGCUGAAGGCCCAACGUAAUAUAACAAUAGUAGAUUUGGACGACGAUAACGAAGAGGAAGGCGAUAAGAAAUCGAAGAGUAAGGAUGAUAAUUCUUCAUCUGAUGCUUCGCCUGGUAAUGACCAACAAGAAAAACCCACCGAUGAUACAGAAAAAAUGGCUGUUGAUACGACGGAAGCUGAUACCAAAAAGAGGGAAACUGCAGAAGAACCCACUUCUUCCGAUAAAAAUAACGCAGAAGACGAUGUAGAAAUGGAAGAUGGUACAAAGGAAAAAACAAAUGAAAAAGACGAACCAGCAAAAGCAAGUCAGGAAUCAUCAUCAUUAAAGGCAGCAGAAAAGGAAGAAACGAAAAAUAGCUCCAAAACUGAUGACGUUGUUAGCGAUGAAAACAUAAAAUUGCCUGAGCCCACAUUAUUUGAAUUACUUAAUUGGCUUGACAAUCCACCGGAGGAUAUAACAUUUGUAUCUGAAUUUUGUAUAACCCUAAAUGAUUUCUGUGAAGCCGUGAAGGUGGUGCAACCCUCAGCCAAACGAGAAGGUUUCAUAACGGUGCCCGAUGUUACAUGGGACGAUGUGGGAUCAUUGCAAGAUAUACGCGAAGAACUGAAAUUAGCCGUACUGGCACCAGUGAAAUUCCCCGAGAAGUUGACACGUUUGGGAUUGUCAGCGCCCUCGGGUGUUUUGUUAUGUGGACCUCCCGGAUGCGGUAAGACUCUGCUUGCCAAAGCUAUAGCAAAUGAGGCUGGAAUUAAUUUCAUAUCCGUUAAGGGACCAGAGUUAAUGAAUAUGUAUGUAGGCGAAAGUGAGCGCGCCGUCAGGGCGUGCUUCCAGAGAGCAAGAAAUUCUUCACCCUGCGUUAUAUUCUUUGAUGAAUUCGACUCACUGUGUCCCAAACGUUCUGACGGCAAUGAAGGUGGUUCCGGUACUAGGGUCGUCAAUCAAUUACUGACUGAAAUGGAUGGUGUUGAAGAUCGGCAGGGUGUUUAUAUUUUGGCUGCCACAAAUCGUCCUGAUAUUAUAGAUCCCGCCAUUUUACGUCCCGGCCGUUUAGAUACCAUUCUUUAUGUCGGACUACCGGAAAAACAAGAUCGUCUCGAGAUCUUGAAGGCAAGCACGAAGAAUGGUACAAAACCUGUUUUAGGAUCAGAUGUUGACUUUGAAGAACUAGCAUCAUUGACAGAUGGUUAUACUGGAGCUGAUUUAGCUGGUCUCGUGCGACAGGCUUCAAUGAUGGCUCUCAAGGAAUCUUUAAAUAAUGCGGAAAUAAAAUUGGAAGAUUUGUGUGUGUGCCGAGAUCAUUUCCAAAAAGCCCUCAAAAUGUUAAGGCCUUCUGUCAGUGCGCAGGAUCGCAAGGUCUACGACAAGUUACGUUUAAAAUAUGCGGCACCUCGCGUUUCCAUAACAGACAUUGAAACAGCGGCAAAUUAAAUUUUAAGUUUUGCGUUUCCAUUCUUUUUUUUUUUUUUUUGCAUAUUGUAAAAUGUUCUUUUUGUCUGUAAUGAAAUGUAGUAAUAUCAAUUAUCAAACUAAAUGUUGAUACAAUGCCAGUUUUCGAAAACAAAAAUGUUAAACAUCGUAGAAUAAAAGUUAAUUUUUAUACAUAUUCUUAAAAACAAACAAACAAACAUUUCAUAAUUAAUAAUAGCUGGACAAUUGGCAAAGCAUAUUCCAUACAAAACUCUCACAUAUACAUUUACAAAACCAAUUGAAGUUGUAAAUUUCCAUUAUUUUUACAAAAAAUAAACCGAAUAUUUGUAAACGUAUAUAUAUUAAAGAAAAUUAAUAUAAUAA